UUCCAGGUCGGCAUCAAUGUCGAGGGAGUAGCGGCAGGAUGACUGUCAAGAAAGGGUAUAGGCCAAGAUGUUUCUUUGAUGUAGAAAUUGGUGGGCAACCAGUUGGAAGAAUAAUAUUUGAGCUGUUUAGUGACAUCACUCCAAAGACAUGUGAAAACUUUAGAGCUUUAUGUACAGGAGAGAAAGGAGUCGGUGAAAAGUCUGGAAAGCCCCUCCAUUACAAAGAUGCCCCCCUUCACCGAGUUGUGAAGGAUUUCAUGGUGCAAGGUGGAGAUUUCACCAAAGGUGAUGGAAGUGGGGGCGAAUCUAUAUAUGGAGGAAGCUUUCCAGAUGAAAAUUUUAUUGUCAAACAUGACAAAGACUUCCUCCUUUCCAUGGCUAACCGUGGAAAGGACACCAAUGGUUCUCAGUUCUUCAUAACUACAAAGCCAGCACCACAUUUGGAUGGGGUCCAUGUAGUUUUUGGUCAUGUGAUCAAUGGACAGGAAGUGGUGAAGCUAGUUGAGAACCAGCCAACAGAUAACAAGAGUAGGCCAGUGAAAGAUGUUGUCAUUGGCAACUGUGGAGAGCUUGUCCUUCAGAUCAAGCGUAAAGCGGAAAAGAAAAAGAAGAAAGCUGCAUCAGAAUCAGAAAGUUCAUCAGGAAGCGACUCCAGCUCUGACACAGAAAGUGGAGAAGAGAAAUCAAAGAAAAAGAGGAGGAGGAAAGUCAAGCACAAGAAAAAGGAGUCCAAAAAGAAGAAGGAUAAGAAGAAGGAUGCUGAGAGUGAGAAAGAUGAUGAGAAAAAUGGGAAGUCUGAGCCAGUUACCACAGUAUUUGGGGAUAUCCGGCCUGAAGAGAUUCCAGAUGUGCCGUCUCAAAACUUCCUGAUGAGGAAAAGCCCAGAGCAAGAUGCCAGGAAACAGCGUUCCCCUCCAGCAUACAGAAGAAAUACCCCUGCCCAGAGAAGGCCUUACUCUAGGACUUACUAUUCCGCCUCUGGGCGGAAGAUAAAAGGGCGUGGGACAAUUAGGUUCCGCUCACGCAGCAGAAGUCAGACCCCACCACACUGGCGAAAAGAAAUUGAUCGUCUUAAACCUGCCUCUGCUCUGGAUGAUCUGGAUGAUCCUGUCGAUGUUGACCAGAGCAGUCGCUGGGGUCAUGAAGAUCCCUUAAACCAAGGUCGUGAGGAAAGACUGUCCAGGGGUUCCCGCAGAGGCCAGGAAAACAGAGGCCAUGAGGGCAGAGGUCGAGAAGAUAGAGAUAAUGUAAGAGGGAGAGAUGAGCAUGAAAGGCGUAGAAGUGAUGAUGCAAGGGGAGUAAACCCUAGAGCUGGUCGCCUUAGUGGAGAGGAAUGGGAUAGAAAUAGAGACAAUGUGCAGCGUAGGCACCAGGACUUGCGACAAAGAAUGGAGAGCAGUGGUUCCCGGCUGACUGACCGCUUUCAGCAAGGUCAGGCUGAGGGUGACACUCAGGAGACCAGGAGGCCAGAUCCAGCAGAGCAGAGGAAAGGAGGGGAGGAGGAUAAACACAAAGAGAAGGAUAAAAAACACAAAAAGCACAAGAAAGAAAAGAAGGUCAAGAAAUCCAGGGAUGAUGAAGAUGACUCUAAACAUGACCACUCCUCCAAGAAAGACAAGAAAAAAGAGAGACAUGAAUCAGAAUCCAAGCAUAAACCUGAUGACGGGGAGGAAUCUGGCAGACGAGACAGAAGGAAGAGUAGGUCAAGAUCAAAAUCCCCAGCAAGGAGGAGAGCACCCUUGUCAAGAUCGCCCAUAAGGGCUGGCCGCCAGAAAUCAAGAUCAAAGUCAGCCUCUCCAGUACGGCCAAGGUCUGAUCGUAAAAGUUCUCAGUCCCACACCACAGACAAGAGCAGGGAAGAUCGUAAACAGAGGUCAAGUAGGAGAUCAAGGUCACAUUCAAGGUCAUCAUCGGCUGGUUCACAUGGACGUCGAAGGUCAGGAAGGAUAACCUCGUUGGAUUCUUCAAAGAGCAGAAGCCCGACCAAAAGGUCACAACCUUUUAGGGCUCGUAAAGAGAAGUCUGAGAGUCCACCUCCCACCCACUGGAGGCCGGGGAUGAAGCCUUUACAGCAACACUCACGAGAGGACAAAAGAGAUCCUGAAGGAGAUAUUCGCAGAAGUUCACCCGACAACCCACCAGCUAUAACCAAGGUGACAGGUCCAGCGUCAGAAUCGGACAGCAACCCUCCUGACCUUUACCCUAUGUCAAGGUCACCCAUGGAGGUUGGUGAAAGUAGUGGCAGACAGCAGGAGAAAGUGGAAACUUCUAAUGGCUUCAGUGAGAUGAAAUUCACCAUUGACAUGGACAAUGAAGUAGAGCCAGCUGUGAGAAGGAGUGACUUGAUACCUAAAGCGAUUCCCACUACCCGUAGGGAAGUGUCCCCACCCUCAGAGGAAGGGGAGAGGAAAAGUGGGUAUAGUUCUCCUUCAAGGUCACGCUCAAGGUCACGCUCUCGUUCUUCCUCCAGAUCUUCGUCAAGCUCAUCCGAUAACCAAAAGUCUUCCAAGAAAAAAGACAGAGUAGAGGAAAGAUUUAAAUGGCAGCCCCCUCCUGACCCGGAGAUUGAGCACGAAGAAGAACGAGACACCAAAACACAGACAAACAUUGUGAAAGAUGAGCCAGUAGUGCGCAUCAAAACUCCACCUCUACCACCAAUAGACAAAGUUGCUGAGGCUACCAAGGAGCUAGCAGGAAAACAUGUGAAGCCGCUGAAACCAGCUGACAGAGGUUACGGUUGGCUUAAGGAUGCUGGACCUGAUCCCAUUGUACACAUAUCUGAAGUGCCGUUACCAUCAGAUCCCUUACCCCCUCCUGUUAAGAAGACUAAAACUCGCUCUUCCAGCGAGUCCUCUUCCUCCCCCAGUCAACCACGUGACUUUAAAAUAGAUAUGUACAGCGAGGACAGUGUAAGCAUGGAUGCAUUCACUAAAACGGCAACUUACAGCCCCAUACCAAUAGCCAAAUCCCCAACAUCCCAGGUCUCACAACACAGCAGCGUUCCCCAAAACAUCCCUUCACAAAUACCAGGAGUUAUCAGUCCGAGUCGAGAUAUACCCUUGCCAGGGGAGGCACAUCCACUAGACAGCAGCUUCAGCAAACAAAGCAAACAACAGUCACCUGGCAGAAAAUUAACCAAGUCUCCAGGUUCAAGCCGUAGUCAAUCUCCCUCCCCAAGGAAGAAGUCUACAUCUCCAGUCAGAGGAGCCUUCAAGUCAAGUAAAGGGCGAAGGUCUAGAUCGGAAUCAAGCGAGGCACCUCGUAAAGGUUCAAAAUCCAAGUCGCCAUUGAAAUCAAGAGUUUCGAGAUCCAGAUCUCCACCAGGAAAAUCCAGCUCCCCCAAAAGGAGGUCAAAGUCACCAAGGAAACGAUCUGUGUCACCUAGGAAAUGGUCAGGUUCACCAAGGAAAAGAUCUUUUUCACCGAGAAAACGUUCAGGAUCACCAAGGAAACGGUCGUUUUCACCAAGAAAGCGGUCAGGAUCACCUUGGAAACGAUCUCACUCUCCUAGAAAGCGCUCCGUUUCACCAAGAAAACGAUCCAUUUCACCAAGAAGACGAUCAAAAUCACCGAGAAGAACAUCCAGAUCUCCAAGGAGAAAGUCAAGGUCUAGGUCUCCAAGAAAACGCUCUUUGUCAAGGUCGCCAAAGCGACGUUCAAGGUCAGGUUCUCGGCGCAGGAGAUCUAGGUCACCGCGUCGAUUUUCACCCGUGGCUCGUCGCACAGGUAGACGCUCACGAUCCAGAUCCAGAUCGCCACGACGACGCUCUCCACCACGCAGAUCACCCAGGAGGUUUUCAAAUUCAAGGUCAGUGUGCUCUGUUGCUGGUACAAAGGGUGUUGUAGCUGCUUUUUUCUUUAACAUUUUGAGUUUAAAGGUGACAAGAUAAAGUGUCACCAAACUUUUACUGGGUUUAAAAAAAAUCUAAAAAAAUACUUAGUGUCGGUUUAAGGUAAGUCUUUCAGUGGACAUAAACAUUAGUCAGGUGCUGUCUUUCACUUUAAAAUAAUUGAUCCAGGCUAUGCAGGUCCUUUU